CCACGCCCCCCUCUCCGAACUCGGUCCUCCUGUUUCCCGGCAUGCCGCGCGGCCCGGAAGCGGCUGGUCGCUAUGGAGGAGGACGAGCCCGAGCUGGCGGCCGGGCUGGAGGCGGCGCUGGAGCUGGCGCCCGCCGUGCAGGCCGCGAUCGAGCAGGUGUUCCCCAGCCAAGAUCCCCUGGACAGAGCAGAUUUCAACGCUGUGGAGUACAUCAACACUCUCUUUCCCACUGAGCAAUCUUUGGCAAACAUCGAUGAAGUUGUGAACAAAAUCAGACUGAAAAUAAGGAGGUUGGAUGACAACAUUCGAACUGUAGUGAGGGGACAGACGAACGUGGGACAGGAUGGCAGGCAGGCACUGGAAGAAGCUCAGAAAGCCAUCCAGCAACUCUUUGGUAAAAUUAAGGAUAUUAAAGACAAGGCUGAAAAAUCAGAACAAAUGGUUAAAGAUAUCACGCGGGAUAUCAAGCAGCUAGAUCAUGCCAAGCGUCAUCUGACCACCUCCAUCACCACCCUCAAUCACCUGCACAUGCUGGCAGGAGGAGUGGACUCACUGGAGGCUAUGACCAGGAGGAGACAGUAUGGGGAAGUUGCCAACCUCCUCCAAGGCGUUGUGAAUGUGUUAGAGCACUUCAACAAAUACAUGGGGAUUCCUCAGAUUCGGCAGCUGUCUGAAAGGGUGAAGGCAGCGCAAAAUGAAUUAGGACAGCAGAUCCUGGCUGACUUUGAGGAAGCCUUUCCUUCUCAAGGUACAAAGAGGCCUGGUGGACCCAGCAACGUUCUGCGUGAUGCGUGUCUAGUCGCAAAUGUCCUGGAUCCCAGAAUCAAACAGGAAAUCAUCAAGAAAUUUAUUAAACAACACCUCUCGGAGUAUCUGGUCCUUUUCCAAGAGAACCAAGAUGUCGCCUGGCUGGAUAAGAUUGACAGGCGCUAUGCUUGGAUAAAACGUCAGCUGGUGGACUAUGAGGAGAAAUACGGGCGCAUGUUUCCCCAGGAGUGGUGCAUGACAGAGCGCAUCGCUGUGGAGUUCUGUCACGUCACAAGGACUGAGCUCUCAAAGAUAAUGCGCACAAGAGCAAAGGAGAUUGAGGUCAAAUUGCUUUUGUUUGCAAUUCAGAGGACGACCAACUUUGAAGGACUUCUGGCUAAACGUUUCUCAGGUUGCACUCUAGGUGAUGGGACAGUGAAAAAGCCAGACGUGCCUCCUCCCUCUACCAACCCAUUUCUCGAGGAUGAAGCUGGGACAGAGACAGAUGAGAUUGUAAUUGAAAAAAGUGAUGCAGAAAAACCAAAGAAGCCAAAGGCCCCUGACAAUCCUUUCCAUGGCAUUGUUUCCAAGUGCUUUGAGCCUCACCUUUAUGUGUAUAUUGAGUCCCAGGACAAAAAUCUCAGCGAGCUGAUCGACAGGUUUGUGGCUGACUUCAAGGCUCAAGGUCCUCCCAAGCCCAACGUGGAUGAAGGAGGAGCCGUCCUGCCCAGCUGUGCCGACCUCUUUGUUUACUACAAGAAGUGCAUGGUGCAGUGCUCCCAGCUCAGCACAGGCGAACCCAUGAUAGCCCUGACCACCAUAUUCCAGAAGUACCUUCGGGAAUACGCCUGGAAAAUUCUGUCUGGAAACCUGCCCAAGACAACUAGCAGCAGUAGCGGGCUCACCAUCACUAGUUUGCUGAAAGAAAAGGAAGGCUCUGAAGUGGCGAAGUUUACUUUAGAAGAACUCUGCCUCAUUUGCAGCAUCCUUAGUACAGCAGAGUACUGCCUGGCGACCACCCAGCAGUUGGAAGAGAAACUCAAAGAAAAAGUGGAUGCGAGUCUAGUGGAGAGGAUCAACCUGACGGGAGAGACAGACACUUUCAGCAUCGUGAUCUCCAACAGCAUCCAGCUGCUAGUGCAGGACCUGGAUGCAGCCUGUGACCCUGCCCUGACUGCGAUGAGCAAGAUGCAGUGGCAGAACGUGGAACACGUUGGCGAUCAGAGUCCUUAUGUCACCUCGGUAAUCCUCCACAUCAAGCAGAACGUCCCCAUCAUCCGCGACAACCUGGCAUCCACGAGGAAGUACUUCACUCAGUUCUGCAUCAAGUUCGCAAACUCCUUCAUUCCCAAGUUCAUUAACCACCUCUUCAAGUGCAAACCCAUUAGCAUGGUGGGAGCAGAACAGCUGCUGCUGGACACCCACUCCCUGAAGAUGGUUCUCCUGGAUCUGCCUUCCAUUGGGUCCCAGGUGGUGAGGAAGGCUCCCGCCAGCUACACGCGGAUAGUGGUGAAAGGCAUGACUCGGGCUGAAAUGAUCCUGAAGGUGGUCAUGGCUCCACACGAGCCCCCGGUUGUGUUUGUUGACAAUUACAUCAAGCUCCUUGCUGACUGCAGCACGGACACCUUCCAGAAGAUACUGGACAUGAAGGGCCUGAAGAGGAGCGAGCAAAGCAGCAUGCUGGACCUCUUCCGCCAGCGCCUCCCGGCACCGCCCUCUGGAGCAGAGAGCACCGGCUCCCUCUCGCUGAGCGCUCCCACGCCGGAGCAGGAGUCCUCUCGGAUACGGAAACUGGAGAAGCUCAUCAAAAAAAGACUCUGAGCCCGCAGGAGAAAAGGCUGUUGCUCAGGACUAGCUCCAGUCGCUGGGAGCAAAGCUCUUCGGACUUGUGUUUUACAGAAUGCUGCUGCUGAAAAAUUGGUGUCCCGUGAUUGUCGUGCCCUGUGAUCCGUUAACCAUCGUACACCGUGGCACUGCAGCUCUGCUCAGACUGAGGGAGAAUCUGACCAAGGUGUUCGCCUUUAGGUAGCUUAGCAUGAGUGAAACCCCGUGUGGUGGAGAAAACAGGUACCUGGAGGUCAGCAGCUGCAGAAAUGGUUUGGGUGGAUUCAGAGAAUAUCCGGCUGCGAUACGCUUGGCAUCCCGGCCAUCAGCCCAGCCAGGCUCUGCUGCUGCAGCACUAAGGCUUUUGCCCAAGAACUCGGUGUUACUGCUCACUCCCUGCUUUCAGAGCUGCUCCUCUGUUUCAUUAUUUAUUCUGGGGGGAGGGAAGGCGAUAACAAAACAAACAAAACUAAAAGGAGGAGGAAAACCUUUAAGAGCUGAGCUCCAGGCAUCUGCAGUGAAACCACUGGAAAUGCCCAGUGUGGGUUUCACCCCUGCUCCCAGAACAGGCGCGCACAAACCACCAGGAAAAACAGCAAGGCAGCUCCUUUUCAGAACAGGGGGAGAGGGCUGAAUGAAUGAAUGCCUUCUGAGCCUUGCCUGAUACCCUAGAGGCCAAACUAAACACUACGGAGCCCAUCUCCAGCUCCUUGUUAUUUCCGUCGCAUGUGCUGGGCUCACCCCUGUCCCUGAUGGGAGUUCCCGUGCUGCAUCUCGCCCUCCAUCCACGGUGGGAUAAGGGAUCAGCGUGGUAAGUUCAUGGGAUAAGCGUGGUACGGUACCAGCCCUGGUUCUCAUGCCAAGGGGCAUGGCCAGAGCUUGGGUCUGCCCCUGUGGCCCCUUUGCUGCCCUGCACGGAGAGAUGCUGGAACUGUUGGAGCCUGCAGCUGCCAGGGCCUCUUCCCGGACAGGAUGCUUACACAAGCCUCAGACUUCAAAGGCCUUCUUCUCCUCCUCCUCCUCUGAGAGGGGAGAGGAGAACCAGAGGUGAAAUAAUUCAGAUAACCUGGGCCUCCCUUCAUGGGGGUCCAGCUCACGCUGGCACCCAUCCACAAAGCCAGCACAGAGCAGGGUCUGGCCUGGGGUGUGUGGACAUCAGCAUCCCUCCCCUGCCCCUUGUGUAAGCCUCCCGGAGGAGUUUCAGGCAGGGACAUGUCAUCUCCUCGUUAGUGACGCUGGAUUUCUUCCUAAACUCCUCUGUGUGCUUUUCUUGGGAGGCAUAUGCCUGAUCGGUAAACAGUUGAAUCCCACAUGGAUUUAGGGGCAGAUAAACCAGUUGUGCCUGCUUUAUUUUAACUCAAGCUUCACUCGGAUUUGCAGGAAAUAAAAAGUCAUGUAAGAGUUUGGGAGGUGAGGAGUGAUCGCGCUGUCAGACGCCUUCUCGGGAGGGCUCCCCCCACAUAAAGUUGGGCCUUAGGACUGUGUUUUUAGGGGGCUGUGGUCACUCUGAAUUUUAGUAUUCACUGUGGCACAUAUGGGAUGAAGGAAGGGGUGAUGCACACUGCAGGAAAAUGAGCUGUGUGCACCCAAACCCAGAGAUUCACCAGAACUCGGGGGGGGAAAUGAGAGGUUCCUGUGCCUACCUGGCUGCAUUUUGGUUCUGUCCCAGGGCAGGGAGCUGGGUGGUGGCAGGGGUGCGAGCUACACCCCUUCCCUCUCCUCAGCUGGGUGGUUCUGGGAGGGCAGAUCUCGUGCCUAGCUCGGUAAAACCCUGUACUCCUUCUGCACAGCCAGCAAGUCAGCCUGCGCCCGAACAGUCAGGACUUGAGCACGGGAUUCCAGCAGAAAGAAUAAAUCCGCAGAGAUGAAACCCUCACUAGUCAGGUAUUGCUAACACCCAGCUGCUGCUGCGGGGAGGUGUGAGCUAACAACUACACCCACACCAGCUCUUUAGGACACGUUUUCAGGGGUCUCCCCAGGCUGGAUCCUGGCUGCAGCGUGCGGGUGCUGAGCUGCAGUGAUGCCCCAGCAGCAGUUACGAGGGACGGCAGUUUCUCAUCACUCCAGUUUUACAAAUCUCCCCAAAUCCAACAGUGCUUCAUUAAUUUUUUUCUCCAGAUUUCACGUCGGGUGACAAAAGAGGGAAGGGUGUCGAGAAGAGAGUUGGGGUUGUGAAGAGCCUUUCCCAGAGGACGCGCUAUCUCGCGGUGCGUGUGCAGGAUGGCUCACACGUUAUCAGAUACAACAGCAGGGGCGGAGGGAACAUGGCUUUGCAGAGAUUCCUUAUUCCCCAGGGGGGCUAAAUAAUUUAUUUUAGAUUAAUUUUUUUUUUCUUUGCUAUGACUCUGGAUGAUUCUCUAACUAAAUUAUGAAUAGCUGAAUAUGAUGUUCAAGUUAUCGUCGCAUAUCUUCCCCUGAAGGCUUCUCCUGUUUCAUUAUCUGCAUUUCAUUCUGGAGAUAAGAAAUAAAAGAAAAAAUGAAUUUUUAGUUUCAACCUUUGAAGACUUACAGUCAAGUUCUACUUCUAGAGGGCAACUUGGCAGUUUUCUACUUUCACUUUUAAGGAUGUCAUCCCCCUGACUCCUGGGUAUUUAUCAGAUUUGGCACGUCUGUCUGUGUGUAUGUGAGCUUUUGGGGAUUUACAUCCCUGUGGGAUAAAGGAGAGGUUUUUUUUUUUCCUGUAUAAAAUGCCACUUCUAAUGUUUUUUUGGCCGAGGUGUAAUUCUGGCUGUACGUGGGACUGUGACACUGCAAUGAAUUAAAUGGUUGCUGACGUUUA